CUUGUUUGUGUAUAUAUGAGGCAAGUUUGUUUGUUGUCGGUCACUUUAUUCGAAAAGAAUGGGUAGAGAAGGCGCCACAAAUUUAUUGUUGUUGUUGUUUAAUCGAUUGCUGACAAUCGCUUCCGUAUUUGUAGUUUCGUCGGCAGUAGCGUCGGAGAGGACCGCCGCAGCAUGUACGGGCGGCGGUGGUCCCGUGGUCCCCACAACACCUCUAGUCGCGUUCCUCGAGCGCGUCCAGGCGGCGGCUCUGCAGGCGUACGGCGGCGACGGAUUCGAUCCGAAACCCUACGUCGACCUGUCGCUGAAGCAAAACCUCUCGGCGGCGGUCGAAGCCUUCGAGAAGAUUCCGAAGUCGGGGGCGGCGGAGGCGGAGGGACUCGCGGCGUUCCUUGCCGAGUACACGAGCGACGCCGAGGCGGAUUUGGUCCACGUGGACCCGGCCGACUUCGUGGACCGGCCCACGAAUUUCCUGCCGAAAGUGGAGAGCCCAGCGGUCCGGGCCUGGGCUCUGGAAGUGCAUCAGCUAUGGAAGAAUCUGAGCCGGAAGGUGUCGGGCCAGGUUAUUGAAAAGCCCGAUUUGCAUACGCUCUUGCCGCUGCCCAAUCCGGUCAUAAUUCCGGGCUCCAGAUUUACCGAAGUCUACUAUUGGGAUUCUUAUUGGAUCAUAAGGGGUUUGUUAGCAAGCAAAAUGUACGAGACUGCGAAAGGGAUGGUGUACAAUCUCAUUUCCCUAAUCCAUAAAUACGGCUAUGUUCUCAACGGCGCCAGGGCAUACUACACUAACAGAAGUCAGCCCCCUCUUCUGAGCUCGAUGGUUGUAGACAUAUACGAUAGCACACAAGACAAAGAACUUGUCAUAGCUUCACUUCCUGCAUUGCUCAAGGAACACCACUUUUGGAAUUCAGGGAUACACAAGGUGACUAUUGUGGAUAGUGAAGGUUCAGCUCACACUUUAAGCCGAUACUUUGCAAUGUGGGAUCAACCGAGGCCAGAGUCAUCAUCUACUGACAAAGAAACAGCAUCGAAGCUGGCGAAGGGGUGUGCUAGAACACAGCUAUACCGAGAGUUGGCAUCUACAGCUGAAUCGGGAUGGGAUUUCAGUACAAGAUGGAUGAGGAACGAGUCUGACUUAACAACAUUAGCCACAACAUUGGUGAUACCCGUGGAUUUGAAUGCCUUCAUUCUCAAGAUGGAACUCGACAUAAUUUCAUUGGCAACUGCAAUUGGAGAUGGCGAUGUUGCUGAGCGCUUUCGAAAAAAAUCUGAAGCUAGAGUAAAAGCUAUAAACUCUGUUCUAUGGAAUGCCGAGAAGCAACAAUGGUUUGACUACUGGCUUAGUGAUUCUGAUGCAUCAAAGGAGGUUCAUCAGUUCAGCAUUUCUCGCCAGAACCAGAAAACAUUUGCUUCAAACUUCAUACCAUUAUGGAUCCAACCAUUCAAUUCAGACAUCAAGACAGUGGAUAAGGUUGUCGAAAGCCUCCUAAGCUCAGGCCUGGUUUGUGCAUAUGGGAUAUCGACUUCUUUGACAAACUCUAGCCAACAAUGGGAUUAUCCCAAUGGUUGGGCUCCUCUCCAACACAUGAUCGCCGAAGGCCUUAGAAAGUCCGGAUCAGAACAAGCGCAUCGUGCUGCAGAAGACAUUGCAGUCAAGUGGAUCAGAACAAACUACGCAGCAUAUAAAGAAACAGGAGCUAUGCAUGAAAAAUACGAUGUAGAAAAAUGUGGCGGCCAUGGAGGUGGCGGAGAGUAUGCACCCCAGACCGGAUUCGGGUGGUCGAAUGGAGUUGUCUUAGCGUUCUUGGAGGAAUUCGGAUGGCCAAAUGAUCGAAACAUCGAGUGCAGCGAAUCAAGACAAGUCAAGCUCUAAAUCCAUCUUUAGAGGUUUUUAGCAUUGAGAUUCUUUCUUUAACAAGCGAUUUUUUUCCACUGAAUUUAGCCUGUAAAAGAAUACAGCUCUUGUUUAUAUAAUACAAGGAGAUGAUUUCAGUUGGUCAGCAAAACAUGAUCUUACUCGGUAAGACUUAUUGGUAAUAAUAGCAAU